AUGUCCUUAACCCCCAUCAUUACUUUCAAAGCGGGUAUCUGCGACUUGGAUGCUUCAAGCGCAAACCCGGUUGUCAAACCCAAGUCGACUCCCGGCUACAUCUACCUCUACUCGGAAGAUGAAUUGGUCCACUUCUGCUGGCGCCCAAGGAGUGCACCCCACACAGAGCCUGAAUUGGACUUGGUAAUGGUUCCAUCGGAUGGAAGCUUUACACCAUACCAGCCGGGUGGCAAGGAAACACCUACGAACGGUCGCAUUUAUGUGUUGAGAUUCUCCUCGAGCUCCCAGCGUUACCUUUUCUGGCUCCAGUCCCGAACCCAGCACGAGAGCGGCAACCCUAGCUGGUUCAGCCCCAGAGACUUGAAGCUAGGAGAUAUUGUCAAUACCUUGCUGCAGGGCGAAGAAGUGGAUGUGGAGCAUGAAAUCGCCAAUCUCCCGAGAGGUCCGUCUGGUGGCGAUGAUGAUGAGACAAUGGAGGAUGUAGAGGGCGUGGACCAUGACUCGAGCCACAACCACGGAGGAAACAGUGGAGGAGCAGGCCCAGAUGCCACGGGCGGGGACGUCCGAGAGGAAGGCCAAGAAUCGAGGGAGGGUGGUGCCGAUGGUGGAAGAGCAGCAGGUGAUUCGUCGGACCCAUCGUCGGUUGUACAGAGCUUUUUGCAGUCACUGGGAGGGGGUCAAAACCGGCAGCAGGACCCCGAGAGGCCUUUUACCACUCUGCAAGAUCUUCUUACACCAUCUUCGACACUGCCUUUUAUUGAGUCUGCGGACAACAAAACUGUCGACAACCUUUUGAGCUUUCUACCCCCGGCGCUUUUGCUCUUGGCCCAAGAAGUUGAGGACGUGUCUGCUGCUGAAACCAACUCCGAGAUCGCAGAAGCAGCCAUGAGCUCUCUUGACCUUUCCCAAAAGAAGGUUAUUGUUAAGAAAAUUCUACAUUCUCCCCAAUUCGCGCAGAGCCUUGCAAGUUUGACGCUGGCACUAAGAGAUGGUGGUCUACCCAGUAUCAGCGAGGCCCUCAAGAUCCCAGUUGAAAACGGCGGUUUCAUGCGUAGGGGAGGUGUUCCUCUCGGUGGAGGUGAUGCUGUUGAUACUUUUCUCAAAGGCGUUCGGAACCAUGUCAAGGAAAAGGGUUCGGAUCAGGAACAUCGUAUGGAGACCGAUUGA